AUGUGUUCCUCAAAUUCAAUUGACUUUCAAAAAGAAUCAUCACCAUCACCAACAGCGCCACCAUAUCCACACCCACCACCAGAGCCACUUGCUUCCUAUAAGGCAGCAACUGUUCAACUCAAUGAAACAUAUCAAACAAAAAGUAGUGGUCCGACCGCUCCAAUCUCCAAUCCUCUCGGCCCAAUUCCUUGGUCCAGUGGCCUCUGUGACUGUUGUGAUGAUGUUAGCUCUUGUUGCUUAACAUGCUGGUGUCCUUGUGUUACUUCUGGACGAAUUGCAGAAAUCGUUGAUAGAGGGUCGACCUCAUGUGGAGUGAGUGGAACGCUGUACAGUUUAAUAUUGUGGCUGACUGGUUGCUCGUGCUUGUACUCGGGCUUUUAUCGAUCAAAAUUGAGGGGACAGUACUUCUUGGAGGAGAGGCCUUGCGCAGACUGUUGCGUGCAUUGUUGUUGUGAGGAAUGUGCUUUGUGUCAAGAGUAUAGGGAGCUCAUGCAUCAUGGCUUUGACAUGUCAAUUGGGUGGCAUGGGAACUUGGCAAUGCAGCAAAGAUUAGCUGAACUUGAAGAAUCUAAAAUAGGAUGA